AACGAAUAUCACAUCGUAGAAUACAGUUGUGAACUUGAGGAAGUACAUAAAUGGAAGUAAAGAAAUCAACUCAACUCGGUUAAUCGCAGCUUUGAAGGCGGCUGAAACUCAAUGAUAGCUCGACUAAUUGAAAUUACACGUGUUCGGUAGCCCUAGUUGAAAUCAUGGCUAGCGAUCUAUCCAGUGGAAGUACAGAAGUAAUCGAAAUUUUGGACGAAAAAGAAGAGGGAGAAAUAUCAUUGGAAGAUGUCAGUUCCUCGGAAGAAGGUCAACUCAACGAGGGAUGUCAUUCCAGGCAGAGAGCUGCUGGGCAGUGUCCUUGUUGUUUGUCAACAAAGCAUUGCGCCUCAUGGUGCACUAUAGCUACGAGAACACGCCAUUCAAAAAGCUCACUGAAAAAAGAUGCAGUACAAGAGAAAGAAAACUGUCUUCAUACCAAAGAUUCUGGUUAUUCAAGCUUGAAACACCCGGCAUCUACUCUACAGGAAAGCAACAAUGAUCUCAUUCCGAUUUCAAGUGAUAGCGACAUGGAAAUUGUGGGCCUUGCUGAUAAUGUUAAGUCAGUAAUGGUCUUACCAAAAACAAAGACGACCAAAGUUCGAAAACGUAGGGAAAAAAAACGAUCUCAGAAAUCAUCAUCAACUAUUGAAAAUGCGACCACAAUUCCUCCAAACCUACCAACUCCAGAAUGUUCUUUUGGACUAAAGCAUGAGGCCCAAAUUUUGAAAGAUAAUCAUUUGCCCAGAAUGCAUCAUAGAGAAACAAAUUCGCCACACAAAAGUCUUAUUGCUGCGUUUGCUAGAUCUAGAAUUAUGAAAUCACCAUCACGACGACAUAGAUCACCUAUUGGAAGAGCUAGGACAACAUUUGGUAAAUCUAGAUCACCUGCUCUGAGAAAAUCACCCAUUCGUAGACUUCGAUCACCUAUGAGAAGAUCACCACCCCAUUCCCCCAUAAGAUCGCCAACAAGAAGACAGCUUCGGAGUUCAGUUUCACCCUCCAAUACUUAUAUAGACAUGUAUGGCAAUGUAAGCAAACUUUUAAAGAAAGUCAGACAUUUACGAACCAUUGGAUCUCAUUUGGUGAAUCAAAAUUCAGGGACACGUAAGGAACACGUGUCAUCAUUGAAAGAGAAAUUGAAUAAUAUGAUGAAAGCUACGGAUACUGUUGAGCAUGGGAAUAAUGAAAUAACAUCCAAACGAAGUAAUGAACAGAAAUUAAUGAGAGACGAUGACGAUGAGGAUUUAGAAAUCCUGAGACAAAUGGCAUUGGAAACUAAGCCAAAAAGAGGAAAAAAAUGUCAGGGGACUAAAGAAAUGAAAGAUAAAGUACAAUGUGGUAAUAAUAAUAUUGGAGAUGAUGAUGACGAGGAUUUAGAACUACGAUUGAUUGCAUUACGGUCAGCAAUGUUAAAAAAACACAGAGAUAGAAAGCAAAGAGGAGUGAUUUUAGUAAAAUCAACAAAAUCUCAAACGUCAACCCGAACUAACACUGAAAGUCCGUUUAGUCAAAGUUUCUUAGACGGUAUUCCUAUUCCGGAUGAAAGCCAGCAAGUGGAACUGCAAACACCAUCACGUACUGUCCUGCAUACAGCUGCAGAACUCAAUGAAAAUACCAAUCCCGAAGAUAUGGAAUUAGAUUCCGAAGUUGAACAGGAAAAAAAUAAAGAGGCUGAACCUUAUUCCCCAACAGAUGAAGUUUCUCAUCAAAUAACAAUGGAUUCUGAAUUACCAGACAUUCAGCCAUCAGACGUCUCAUUUAUUACGCCCACUAUUGAGAAUACAGUACUUUCAGUUACCUCAAGCUUACAAACUCCAGUUUGCGAUAAGUUGAAUGCAUUUGAGACUGGAGCAUCCUAUUUUCAGAAUGACAAAGAAUCUGAAAAUAAAUCUCUCUCAACAGAAAUUCCUUAUUAUUUGGAUACAAACAUGCAUCCAAGGUCACAGACCCCCACUAGCUCUGUUCCUUCUCCUGCGAACACUCAAGAAACAUCAACACACAAGGCCCUGUCCAACAACAAUUUACCCAUAACACCUUAUUCUCCUUCAGAUCCAAUUGACACACCAGAGCCAUUGUUAUUCCCUGUAGGUGAUCCAUUUUUAAAAUCAGUUGUAAAUCAAACUCCUGAUACUCCUUAUUCACCAACAGAUACUCCAGUGUAUGAGCCUGAAUGGAAUAACUCAUCUAUAGUUCUUGGUGCUUCGACAGUAGGAAGUUUGGAAACAAUACAACUCGUGAAUAGAACAAAAGAACAAGAGGACAUGAGGUCGCGCAAACCUAAAGUGCACCAAGCACAGAAUGCCCUAAUAAAAAUUAACCUAAAUUCUAGCUACUCAACUGAUGCUGGUAAAUCAUCGACUACUAUUAUGCUGCAAGAUUCCUUAUUGACCUCACAAAUAUCAUCAUCGCUUAACUGCAAUAAAGUGUACAUGGAAAAUGAUUUUGCAUCAGAGACUUCAUCGAUGAAGGCAGAUGUCGGGUCCGCCGAAAAUUCACCCGAUACCUCUCCAAAUAGUACUAUGAUCGUUGUAGACGAAUUGCCAGAGACUGAUUUGGAUGGUAGCUUGCUUGUUCCUGUACCCAAAGCACUACAAGAUAUUGAAAUCCACAUUCCGAGUCCCAUAAAUCAAGAGAUAUUUGCAAUUGCUCAAGAACCCUUGUACCUUCAGGGAGUUCCAGACGUUACUAAGGAUGUUAAUAAAAUACCCACUUUAGUAAACAGAUCACUGGUGCCAGCAUCGAUCUUAAAAUCUAAUAAAAACCUCCAGCAACCCUUACCUCCAAAAAAAAUCGAACCGCAUCUCGAGCCUGCUUUUAAGAGCGCACAAAUGCAACCUGUUCAAAUUUUUCCAGAACCAUCUAAAACUAAUCGGAUGUUUGUACCCUUAAAGAUAGCUCCGGUUGUUAAAAAACCUCAACUCAGGAUAGUCACACCAGCAGCAUUCAAUUGUUCUUCCAAUGAUAAUUCUAUUCUGGAAGACCAGAUGGAAUCUGAUAGUAUUAAAGCAGUGCUAGCAACUUGUAGGGAAGAGACAGGAAACUUCUCUGAAAAUUUACAGCACCAGCAACCAAAGACAAGAUGGGACACAAGCAACGCAAUGGAAUCAGAAAAUAGCUUACAUAUUCAACAGGCAAAAAAAGCAUCUCAACUACUAUCAUCGGAACAUAACAAAGAUCUUGGUGAUAAUCAAUUCAGCAACGAUGUUACGUCUACACUUGGAAAAACAGUUUCAGGACUGAAUAUGCGAGGAAACUUACAAAAAGCCAAAAGAAGCAGAUCAGCUAGGAAUAAAUCCAAGAGGACAAAAAGUGAUGUUGGUACAGGAGCUACAAACACAAUAUUUAAUACACCGAAAGUCGUAGUAAGUCAAAAGGUUGUUAAUACUAACAUUACAACAGCACACAAACAUUCGCAAGAUUCGAAAACUCAAGAUAAAAAUCUUAAACUUAGAAACGCUGUUAAUAAAAUAAGAAAUUCCAAAGACAAAUUGAACAAUUCAAUGGUCGAUAAAACCAAACGAGACCGGGAGAAACAAAGUAAAAAUCAGUCGUACUCAGAAAGUGAAAACAAACGGAAAAGCAAAUCAAGUUAUGAUCAGUCGUCCAACAGUAACAGAAAGAGUGAUUCGAAUAAUCUGGCUGAUCGCAAUAUGGAUUUGAAGAAAAAACUGCAGACAAUUAAAGACUCGAUAAAAAAGACUGAAUGUGGCCCACAAAAUAAUUCAAGUACUUCAGAAUGGGUAUUAGAUAAUCGUUUUGUGGACAACGAACGAUUAGGUAAUCAUGAUAUUGCUAAACAGCCUGAAGCAACAUUGGAUACACAUGGAGACAUCUCAAAAUUCAAAAAAUCAAGUGUUACUAAUACUGUGCAAUGUUUAUCCAAAUCGAGCAAAGCCAGUGCCACAACUCAUGACACCAGGAUGUUGUCUGAUAUAAAAGGAAAAUUCAUUGAAAGCCCUGCACCAGUCGUUUGCGUAAACGGUAUACGGGAUACCCAAGAUUCGACAUUAACGAACACAUGCAAGAAAUUAGAAACUAAUAAACGAAGAAGAAGUAGCCUUGACGAAGAUGAAGAGGCACUUAGAGCCAUUUUGCUAGCAUCAUUAGCAAAGAGAAAACCCUCGGAAACAGCAAGAAGCAUCACAAUGACACCACCAACAACAUCGCCAACAACAACAGCAGCAACAAUUACAGUUCCGGUAUCAACAACAACGGCUCUUGCAAAUUUGUCGCAUAGUUCAGGAGAUACAAGUUUAGAAUCUCGUGAAGGGAUACCAGAUGUUCCAAGAAUGAAGCUGUCGGUGACUUCUGUUUAUAGUUCGAGUAACGAAGCCACCCAACCUCCCAUUGCCAAUAAUCAUCCCUCUUCAAACAAAUCAUCUAGUGAAAAUUCAGCAUCAAAAACCUUAGCUCCAUUGGGAAUAUCUAAUACUGUCAUAGCGACAACUAAUUCCUCCAAUGGUUCGAAUCAUAAUCAGAUCCCUCUCGUUGUUUCUUCAAGAAAAAGAUCAAUCUCAGCAAGUACCAGAGGUCAUACAAAAAAGAUUAUCAAGAAGACUCCAAUUUCAGCUAGCACCAGAGUCGUUAAUAAUGCUAAAAAAUAUCAGAAUACUUUAAUUCAAAAGAAAUUGAAUUUACAAAAAGUAGCCAUGCUUGCCAAUGCCCAACAAACGUUAGGUCGAACGAAUCUACUAUUGGAUGGAAGUAGGCCUAGUACUAUACUCAUGCAGCCUUUAUCAGACACUCACAGAUUUGUUAUCAACCUCGCUUCAGACUCAGAAAGUGAAAGUGAAACAGAUUUACAGAAUAUAAAUACUAACGAGACAGAUACUACUGACAAAAGAGAAACGAAACCACUCUUGACAAUCCCAAUGUCAGAUUUCGAGAAAAGUGUAGAUAUGUUUUUGAAAGAUGUCAGGAGAAAACAGGAGAAUGCAGCAGCUAUUAAACCCAAAUUGUCUGCAACUGCGCCCACACAAAAGCCGGGUAGUCCAGUAACAUCGAUACAUAGGAAAUCACCGGUUCUUUCUACAACUCCAUUGGCUGUUCGUCAUCUGCCAGCUCCAUUGCAAGAGGAAUACCGUCGCUUAAAACAGCAAAUUAUAGAACGUGAAAAGUUGAAGCUGCAUAGAGUAUUGGUGAACAACAGCUCAUCGUUAUCACCAAAUAGCAAAAGUAGGGGCACCCCACCAGGUCCGGUUUCACCUGCUAGUCCCAUUGACUCCCUACAAACAUCGAAACAAGCUUCUCAAGGUCUAUCAACUUCCCAGUCUCCGAAGUUUGGAUUCACUAAAGUCAACAAUAUAAGAAAUAGUAGUUCUGAAACCAAUGCAAAAAUUAAUUCUGUUAUUAGUAAAUCAAAUGCUGUGAUACCGUCCAUAUCAAAUCUUAGCAUUCGAAUACCGAAGGAAAAUACGAACAAUAACUUAGCUUCUAAAAAGUCCAGCGACUUAUACAUUCCUGUGAGUGGUUCACAAUCAAGGUUGGUAACCACCGUUAAUAACUCUGAAGACACAGUGCAUACCGAAAAAUCUAGGGAUUCUACAAUCUCUGCGAGAGGUCAGUCAAGUUUAAACGAUGUUCAAAUUCAGCUACAACAGGGGCAGAUUGGUAGGACGGUCACCUUAGGUGAGAAUUUCAAUACAGCUACAAAAAAAGUGAUGGCCCAAAGCGAAUAUACCAAUGCCCAAGACUCUGGCAUACCAAAGACCCUUUUUCAUGAUAAUAGGGGUCUUGUAUCAGCCUCGCUUCCAGUAGAUCCUGAAAAGUCUCCAACCAAUAUGGAACAUUCGGUAGAUACAUCAGCAUCGACUGUAAUUAUUUCGACAGAAGAAAAUGAUGGUAAAGAUGGUACUUCGGUAGACUCCUCAGCAUCGACUAUAAUUAUCCCCAGAAGUGAAAUCCCUACCAAAAGUAUUUCAAUAGAUAAUUCUCAAGGAGAAUCAUUGGUAAGCUCUGAGAAAACCAAUGUAAUUAGUUCAAAGUUAUCUACGAGUAAGUCAAAGAAAUUUGGAAACAACAAAGAGAUUUGGGAGAAGAUAAGAAGUGAUGUGAAAAAAGAGUUGGAUGCAAUUUCCGCGUCACCGAUCGAUGAACAAAAAACUUAUCUUGCCACGGUAGAGCAGAACCUAGUUACAAAAAGAUAUGCAAUUCUUGACGACUUGUCCGAAUUCUCUGGAAGUCUACGCCAACUUGAAAUGGAGAGAGAAGUAGAAGCAAAUAUCGCAUCGGAAGUGAAAAAGCUACAGGAACAACUAAAAUCUACAAAGGAGAGACUUCAGGAGCAACAUAGUCGUGUUAACAAAAUGGUACCCAGCAUCACCGCAGCCUAUAAGAAGUUCAAUGGUGGAAGAAGAGAUUGUGUCAAGAUGACCAGGAUUUGUCUGGGAUUGGGAUGUCUAGUUGUUGGAGCAGAUUAUAAGGUUCCCGCCGCUGGUGCACAAUUAUUAAAUAAUCGAUUGAAACAAGUUGCUGGAUGCACUCGCCAACUGUCUAAGAAAAAAGUGAGUAGUACGGAGAAGGGUGAAAAUAAAAUAAUAAAAAACACAGAUGAAGUUCCGGGCCAAAUAGAUCCCCCGAGUCAAACGGAAACACUUGAUAAGAAUUCUUUGAAUAACGUUUCAUCGGAAUCUAUACCACUUACCAUUUGUGACAAUGACUCUUCGACAACAAGCAACGUCACAGUAAUAAAAAAUUGUGAGAUAUCCGAUGCUGGAAUUGUGAGUGCAGAGAUAGAGAAAACUAAAACUACUGAACAAAAAAUUACAUGCCUAGAAAACACAGCGGUCGAAUCGUCUAUCUAUCAUAUUCAAGUUGAUUCACCACAAGUAACUAGUACUCCAAAUUCUACAAGAGAAUAUUCUUGUAUUGAUAAGCACACACAAGAGUCUGCACCAAAUAGUGCAACAUUCAUCUUGGAAAGUCCAAAAGCUGGUCUGUCUGGACAUAAAAAUAGUCAGCAACAGAGCAAAUUUCUUCAACCUUACAAAUCUGUGCUUGCACAUCUGACGGUGCCAAGGACGACUGACCCUACUGGUAUUCUUUGCCCAUACGAGCUGAUGGGAACUUGCAGGGAUGAGGAGUGCCAGUUUGUUCAUCAAUCUGCCAGAAAUGGCUAGUAGCUCUUUGCUACUGACAGUCACUCGACAAGCUUAAUACGUAAGGUGGUUCUAAACACGCACGCACGCACAAACAACACAAACACAAACACCCACAUAUGUGCGCACUUUGUGUGAAUGUUUGCCAUUGAUAUGAAGUUUUCAUAUUUGAACUUGAAUCUGCAUUGUAUAGUAUAAAUGUGAUCAACAUUUAUCUGAUCGUCAUCAAAUCUUUCAUGUUGCAGACGUUGUUAGAUAUUAAAUUUUUGCUCUCGUUUCCAGCAUAGCUCUCUUUCCCAACAUAGAUAAAUAGAAAACAUUCGAUAUUGUGCUGUGAUCUUUAUUUGAAAAAUUCCAGUCCAAAUUAUAUUAUUCUCUCUGUUUUCUUUAAAUACCAAACUUAGAAAUUUCAAUGAAUUUAUGUCAAUUGGAGUAUAAAGAUUCCAAGUCUUUAUAAAAAUAUUUAACAUUACCUGAAAUGUAACUUUUUGCAGUUUCCAACGGGUAUGUUCCCCUAAUUUUCAGAUAAGACUUCCUCUGAGGUACAGUACGCCAUGGCAAAGGCCAUCCUAUUGGUUGCUGCGAUGACACCUCGAGAUGGUAAGUUGUCUUCAUACCUGAACGGACCUUUACAGAAAUUUGAAUCCUCAUUCGUACUUUGAAUUAUGCAUUGUUACUUUUCAAUUCAAAUCUUGUUACUGUAUUAUUUUAAUUUUUAUCCCCGUCAAGAGAGAAGUGUUUAUAACAUAUUCUUUUCUAAAUCUCUAAAAAGUGUUGUAUGACUUGCAAGUGAUCAACGUUAUAAGUGAUAAAAUAUUAAAUAAUUUUUCAAUGGCUCAAAACUUUGUUUGCAAGACUUUACAAGAAUUGAAGGAGCCGAAGAACAAGGAAAUUUUUCUUUUAUAUUCUAUUUAUAUAUACUAAUUAUCUUCAUGUACCUGUAAAAUAAAAUUCAUAUUUUUUGGCAAAA